UGUGGAUAGACAAUUGAUUGCACUCUAUACAGACCCCAGUUGAUAAGAUCGAAGACCCACUGGGAGAAAGAUCCCUGGAAAAACAUGGUGAUCUGCAAUAUACCAUCAAGUAUCAUCAGUCAAUACGAUACGGUAUGUACGGUAUCAGCCACCUUGGUAUGCAGCAAAUCCAUUCCUCCGUCAGCUUAUCUUUCUAUAAGACCUCUUAUACUUCAGACACAUUUACUACUGUGACAAAAAAACUCUAUAUCCAAUCUACAGAUCCUUCAUCUGGACCAUAGUGGUGCCAACAGCACACACGCCUAUCAUUCCCCUCCAGAUCUACUCACCCGCCACUAAACAUCCCCUCCAUCAACCGCAUGAUCCACUCGCCAGCUCCAGCUCCCAACUCCCGACUCAAGCUUCUCUCCAAUGUCAACAUCCACACCUCCAAACCUAGAGCUGAUCCUUUCCACAACCCCAUCUACCUAUCUACCCAGUAAAGCUGUGCAGCCUUCAUGAGCGAGCUGCAAAAAUCCUUUGCCAAGUCCAGACUGGCCAAGCUGCCUCUCCAACCGCCAACCGGGCCGUCCAUGCAACCCCUCGACGAGGAGGUCAGUCACGACGAUGACUCUUCCUCAACCUCGUCCACAGGGACGAUAGUUCCCUCACCCAGCAGACAACUGUUUGCAAGGCCAGGACGCGGAUCCGUCCAACAAACAACCCUUCCCUGGACAGACUACUUCACCCAGGAGCUCUAUCUUACACAAAUAGACACAUCCAACAACACCAAGAUUACUCACCAUGUCUACCUCACACCACCAGCAGACUCCUCCAGUCCUCUCUUCGUCAUGCACCACGGCGCCGGCUCAUCCGGUCUAUCAUUCGCCGCAUGCGCCGGGGAGAUCCGCAAGAUCAUCCCCAAAGCCGGAAUCUUGUCCAUAGAUGCCCGCGACCACGGCAGCACGGCAGUCACCCACGCCUCAGGCGAGGAUGGGGACGAGGGCAUCGAGCUAGAUCUAAGCCUCGAGACGCUGAACCGGGACCUCGUAUUCGUGGUCCGCGAAACCCAGACCCGAAUGGGCUGGGAGAGCCUCCCCGAUCUGGUCCUUGUCGGCCAUAGUCUAGGUGGUGCGGUGAUCACCGAUGUAGCCAGACAGGGCGAGCUGGGAAGUAAAGUACUAGCAUAUGCAGUUUUGGAUGUUGUAGAGGGAUCCGCCAUGGACGCCCUCCAAAGCAUGGAAACCUAUCUCAUGACCCGCCCUUCGCGCUUCCCAUCCAUCACUUCGGGAAUAGAAUGGCACACCCGCUCCCGCACAAUCCGCAACAAAACCUCCGCCCGCGUCUCCGUCCCCUCCCUCCUCUACGAAGACCCCAACUCACCUGACCCCACCAAACCCUGGAUCUGGCGAACUAAUCUCUCCGCCACGAAACCCUUCUGGGAGAACUGGUUCGUCGGUCUAAGUCGCAAGUUCCUCGAUGCUCGUGGUGGGAAGUUACUCCUCCUAGCGGGGACGGAUCGUCUUGAUAAGGAGUUGAUGAUUGGGCAGAUGCAGGGUAAAUACCAACUACAAGUCCUGCCGGAAGCAGGCCAUUUCAUUCAGGAAGAUCAACCGGCCAAAACCGCGCAGAUUUUGGUAGAUUUUUAUAAGAGGAAUGACCGCAGUGCGUUGGUUUUGCCGCCUAAGGUGGCGGAUUUGCAGGCUUCGGCGGCGAUGAAGAAGGGGGCUGGGAGUGGUGCUGGUGCUGGUGCUGGUGUUGGGGGGCUGUUUAAGAAGAUAUAAAUAUAGUAUACCAUACUAGGUGUUGAAUAUAGGCUUAAG